AUGGCGCCCCCGGUCGCUCGUGGCUGCUAUACGAAGCGUCCGCACAUGUCCUCCCAUCUCACGAAGCUGUUGUUACUUGCCGUCUUUGUCGCAACCUCUUUGCCUGCUGCAUUAGCUUCGUCCGUUCUUCGGAAUGACAACGACAAUAACAAUGACGUCGAACAGCACGUUGUCCGUCGCCUCAGUGGCGGCGGCGGCGGCGACAAGAACAAAACAGUGCCGUUCAACUCGUGGGGCAACUCGAUCGACACGCUGCAGUACGUCCUCGCGUUCAUUGUCGUGCUCGUGGCGGCGCACCCGCUGGGGCUGUACUUCCCCCGGCUCUUCAAGCUGCCGCUCAUCACCGGCUACCUCUUCAUCGGGAUCCUCGCGGGCCCGUUCCUCACGAACCUCAUCACGCAGGACAUGGUGUCGCUCCUCGCGAGCUACGUCAGCGCCCUAGCGCUCUCGUUCAUUUCGUUCCAAGCCGGGCAAGAGAUCUACUGGCCCGAGCUCCAGCCCCAAGUCAAAGCCAUCAUGACGCUGCUCGGCAUCCUGUACAUGACGUCCAUGACCAUCAUGCCCGCGGCCAUUAUGCUCACCGAGAGCUUCUUCUUCUACAGCGAGAUGGGCACGCUCUGCCAAGUGGGCAUUGCGCUCAUGUUCGGCUCCAUCUCCGUGCUCGGCUCGCCGGCCACGGUCAUGGCCAUCAAGAUCGAGCUCAACAGCGUCGGCCCGUUCACGAGUCUCAUGCUGGGCGCCACGAUGAUCGCCGAGUUCGUCGUGCUCAUCUCGUUCUCCAUUGCCCGCAUCGUGUGCUCCACGUACUGCGCCAAGCUCAACGUGUCGUUCCUCAACCUCAUGUACAUUAUGGGCAUCGUCGCGUCCAACGUCCUGGUCGGCGUGCUCCUGGGCGGCCUCACGAUCCUCAUCUUCAAGAUCCCGGGCGGAGAAGCGCACCAUGACGAGCACAGCGACCACGACGACGCAGCAUACUUGAACCAGCACACUGGGGACAAAGGCGCGUUGGCGAACCCCAACAUGGACCCGAGCGCCAGGGACGACCCUCGCAACGGGCACCACGACGACGCCUUCUUGUCCCCGCAAGCCGCGCUGGGCCUCAAGGGCUUCAUUUGGCUCACCAUGGGCUACCUCUUCUACGUCUCGACGGCCGUCCUGGCCGAAGCCACGGCCGUAGCCUUUGGGCUGUCGUGGGAGAUCAAGUUCGAAGCACUGCUCGUGCUCAUGAUCGCCUCGUGCGUCGCGGGGCACUACGAGCCCAUUCGCCACGACAUGCACACGAUCCUCGACACGACGGCGCCGUACAUGUUCUUGCCGUUCUUUGUCAUGACGGGCGCUGCGCUGAAGCUCGACCAGGUGCUGGCCGCCGUGCCGCUCAUGACCGUGUACGUCAUCCUGCGGUACGUCUCGAUCUUCCUCGCCUGCUUCUUCGGCGGCCGCCACAUCCUCAAGCUCACGCCCAUGCAGUACAACAACCUGUGGCUCACCAUGACGCCCCAGGCCGGUGUCGCCUUGGGGCUGGCCAACGAAGUGAAGGCCAUGAGCGACGAGCCCUGGGCCUCGGAGUUCGCUGCGACGGUCGUGGCGGCCGUCGUCGUGAACCAGAUCAUUGGGCCUGUGCUGUGCGCCAUGGGCUUGAGUCGCGCAGGUGAGACGCUGAAGGACCGCAUGCUACAGCCCGAAGAUGCGGCGAAAGACGAGAUGGAACCCAUGGACAAGAGUUUCCAGGCCGGCCGCUUCAGCAAAGUAAACGUUGGCGGCGGCGGCCUCGGCCACAGUAUGUGCGGCGGCGGCGGCGGCUUUGCCAACAGUAUGGCCGGCGGGUUCGCGCGCGGGAGUUUGUUUGACAUGGGUCGGAUCUCCAUGUCGGGCACGAAGCGAUGCAACGGCGACCCGCGGUCGCUUUUGCCGUUCACAAAGGUGCAGAACGCAGUGGUCAUUGGCGACGACGAAGUGGCGUUUGAAGUGGCGCUCGAGCUCUCGCUCUACGGCGCGCGGGUCAACGUGCCGCUCUUGGACCAGGAACGCACGAGCAAGUGGCAAAAGAUGAACGAAGCGAUUCUGCACCGCGCGGCCAAAGGUGACCUCAUCUCGUACAAGAACACGCUCAAGGACCGAGACAGUGCGCAGGCCAUGUCCGCGGCCGACGUGCUCAUUUUCACCGGCGACUCGAACCGCACGCGUGAGAACGUGCAGAUGCUCAAGUCGCUGCUCGGGGAGUCGCACCCGCGCAUGAUUGCGUUCGUGCCGGACUGCAAGUUCAGCAAAGAGAUGAAGGCGCUUGGGGUGCUGGUGAUCCAGCCGUCGAUCGCAUUGGCGAACAUUGCCACGCGCAUGGCGCUCCUCGACGCCAAGUUGGCCGAAGCGCUCUCGAACGAGAUCAGUACGACCAGCGACUUUAGCACGGCGUCGUACUUCUUGGGGGGCGCCGGGGGCGAUUUGACCGACUUGCGUCUGGACGGCCGUCGCAUGGCUUUGGGCCGCAAUGUGGUAAGUCACCACUCGGUGGACUAUGACCGACUGGCCGAAGCGCUCACGAGCGAGAACCUGCCGCUACCGCCGCCGCCGUCGCGCGUGUCGAUGUUUGGUACGUCUUCGGCCGCCGGGUUCGACCCGUUUCGACGCGACAAGAACCGGUCCAACUUCUUCGUCAUGCACGACGAACACGACGAUACGGACGAGAUCAUCGUGGACGCUCAGAAUGGACCGUACUCGACACGUGGCCAAGGCGCGCGGCUCAGUGUGCAUCGACCAUCAAUGCAAUUGGGCGGCAGUCGCGUGCGAGGAGGUCAGGUCGCUCGGGGCAGGCGCACGCCGGGCUCGGCAAGGACGGAGUACUAA